UAUCCACGCUAGAUUAGCAACUGAAGUAAAGGUAUCCAUGAUCUGAAAAGAGAACAAGAAAACACAAAUGCAUGUUUCAUAAUCUUGGAUGGAGCUCUACUCCGACGAGAAUGUAUGGCAGUUCGUCGACGAAGAGAGGAAAAACAUAAACCUCCCACGAAGAUUCUCCUUCGGCGGCGGCGCCAACAAUGCCGAAUUCCCCGAUUCCCACCUCUCCUCCGCCCGCACCUCGUGCGCCUCCGCCGCCUCUCUCCCCCUCUGGAAAAUGAGCCCCGAAACCCCCUGGACCCGCUCCCCUCUCCCCUCCUCCCCCUCCCCUCCCCUCCUCUACCACUGCCUCGCCUCCCUCCACCGCAGCCAGGGCGACAUCUUCUCCAUCACCCUCUCCAACGACUUCAUCUUCACCGGCUCCUCCAGCUCCCGCAUCCACGCCUGGAAGCAACCCGACUGCACACAAACUGUUUGCUUAAAAGCCUCAACCGGCCAAGUCCGCUCCCUCCUCGCCUCCGGCACCCUCCUCUUCUCCACCCACUCCGACCACCGCAUCCGCCUCUGGGACCUCUCCCUCAUGCACCACUUCCGCCCCAAGAAGCUCGCCACCAUCCCUCGCCGCCCCUCCCUCUUCUCCUACCACACCAGCCGCAAGCACCACCAUAAAAACACCAUCUCCUGCCUCGCCUACAACGCCGCGGACAAAAUCCUCUACACGGGCUCCCACGACCACACCGUCAAGGUGUGGAGCGUCCCCGAGAGACGCUGCGUGGAAUCCCUCUCCGCCCACGAGGGGCAGGUGAACGCAGUGGUCGUCAACGAGGACGACGGCUGCGUGUUCACCUGCUCCUCAGACGGGACUGUCAAAAUAUGGAGGAGCGUCUCGAAAGAGACUCCACACAUCCUCACCAUGACUCUCAAGUUCCAGCAGUCGCCUGUCAACGCGCUUGCGCUGAGCAGGUGUGGCGACGACUGCUUCCUCUACUCAGGGUCGUCGGACGGGCUGAUAAACUUCUGGGAGAAGGAGAGGAUCUCGGGGCGGUACAACCACGCGGGGUUCUUGCAGGGCCACCAUUUCUCGGUGCUGUGUUUGGUGGCGGUGGGGGAUUUGAUCCUUAGCGGCUCAGAGGAUGCGACGAUAAGGAUAUGGAAGAGGGAGGAGGGGAAUUCGUUCCAUUCUUGCGUGGCGGUGAUCGAUGGCCAUCAUGGCCCGGUGAGGUGUUUGGCGGCCGCGAUGGAGAGUGAUGAGACUGUGAAGGGGCUGCUGGUUUACAGUGCUAGUUUGGAUCAGACGAUGAAGGUGUGGAGAGUGAAGGUUUAUCCAUGGGAGAAAGGGGAGGAUGGGGAGAAUGCCUGCAGGAUUAGCCCUGUUUUGUCGCCUUCGUGGGUUGAGAGGAAGAUUCAAGCCACUGAUUACUAGAUCAUCAUCUCCUUUAAAUCCAUCUUUCUCAUUUUGAUUUUGUCACUCAUGUUGUAGUAGAGAAGAAUGAGUCAAUAAAUUUAUCAGUUAUGUUAUGUUUA